UUAUGGAGGCCAAAAAAUGGGCUAUGACACCAGACACGGACUUAGAGUCUGAUUAUAAGAGCAGAUACUCUGAAGGAAGCUGCUGCCAAUGGUAAGGGCUAGAAAGGGAUCCAAACUCUGGCCUCUUAACGUAUUUGCUGGGAGCCCUUUACUCUGGAGGUGGCAGAGGGGAGAUAAAGUCCUUUGACGGGUCUUGUUCUUAAGAUUUCUGUGGUUCAACUUUCUUCCUCAUCCCUCCAUGCCCCACAGUCUAGGAAUAUGAAUGGUGAGCCAUGAGUGCUGGGAAUUGGAGCCAGGUAACAGAGUUCGUCAUCUUGGGCUUCCCCCAUCUCCAGGGUAUCCAGGCUUACCUCUUCGUCUUGUUACUUCUAAUUUAUCUCACCACCGUACUGGGAAACCUGCUGGUAUUCCUAGUGGUCUGCCUGGACUCCCAGCUCCACACACCCAUGUACCACUUUGUCAGCAUCCUCUCCCUGCUGGAGCUUGGCUACACGGCUGCCACCGUCCCCAAGAUGCUGUCGAACCUGCUCAGGGAGGAGAAGACCAUUUCUUUCUCCGGAUGCCUCCUGCAAAUCUACUUCUUUCACUCUCUUGGGGCCACUGAGUGCUAUCUCCUCACAGCUAUGGCUUAUGACAGGUAUUUAGCCAUCUGCCGGCCCCUCCACUACUCCACCCUCAUGACCCCAGCACGCUGCGCCAAGAUCGCCGUUGGCUGUUGGCUGGGAGGUCUGGCUGGGCCGGUGGCUGAGAUUUCCCUGGUGUCCCGUCUCCCUUUCUGUGGCCCCAAUCGCAUUCAGCACAUCUUUUGUGAUUUCCCGCCCGUGCUGAGCUUGGCUUGUACCGACACAUCUAUCAACGUCCUAGUGGACUUUGCUAUCAACUCCUGCAAGAUCCUGGCCACCUUCCUGUUGAUCCUCAGCUCCUAUGUCCAGAUCGUCCGCACGGUGCUCAGGAUUCCUUCAGUUGCAGGCAAGACCAAGGCCUUCUCCACCUGUGCCUCCCACCUGACCGUGGUUCUCAUCUUCUACGGGAGCAUCCUUUUUAUGUAUGUGCGGCUGAAGAGUAGCUACUCACUGGACUAUGACCGCGCCCUGGCUGUGAUCUACUCGGUGCUCACACCUUUCCUCAACCCCUUCGUCUAUAGCUUGCGCAACAAGGAUAUUAAGGAGGCCGUCAGGAGGCAGUUGAAGAGGUCAGGGAUACUUAUUGAUGUGAAGGUGGGGAAGGCAGGCCAAGGGAGAAGAUGAGGUACGGUGACCCAGGGGGUCGCCAGUCACCGCAGAUGAGAAGUCAAGCAUUGAGUGCCUUUCUACGUGGGAUACAGAACUGGGGCAAGUGUUGCCUGGCUCUCAGCGUCUACAUAACCGCCACACUGGAGCCACAUGCG